AUGUCCUAUCCUUUAAAUCUAAUUUUACAUGAAGCCCAGAAUGAUGAACGAAGGCAUGAAGCCCGGAUUGUAGAUUUGAGACAUGAAGCCCAGAAUGAUGAACGAAGGCAUGAAGCCCGGAUUGUAGAUUUGAUACAUGAAGCCCAGAAUGUUGAACGACGGCAUGAAGCCCGGAUUGUAGAUUUGAGACAAGAAGCCCAGAAUGAUGAACGAAGGAUUAAAGCCCGGAUUGUAGAUUUGAGAAAUGAAGCCAAGAAUGUUGAACGAAGGUAUGAAGCCCGGAUUGUAGAUUUGAGACAUGAAGCCCAGAAUGAUGAACGAAGGCAUGAAGCCCGGAUUGUAGAUUUGAGACAUGAAGCCCAGAAUGAUGAACGAAGGCAUGAAGCCCGGAUUGUAGAUUUGAGACAUGAAGCCCAGAAUGUUGAACGAAGGCAUGAAGCCCGGAUUGUAGAUUUGAGACAUGAAGCCCAGAAUGUUGAACGAAGGCAUGAAGCCCGGAUUGUAGAUUUGAGACAUGAAGCCCAGAAUGAUGAACGAAGGCAUGAAGCCCGGAUUGUAGAUUUGAUACAUGAAGCCCAGAAUGUUGAACGAAGGCAUGAAGCCCGGAUUGUAGAUUUGAGACAAGAAGCCCAGAAUGAUGAACGAAGGAUUGAAGCCCGGAUUGUAGAUUUGAGAAAUGAAGCCAAGAAUGUUGAACGAAGGUAUGAAGCCCGGAUUGUAGAUUUGAGACAUGAAGCCCAGAAUGUUGAACGAAGGCAUGAAGCCCGGAUUGUAGAUUUGAGACAUGAAGCCCAGAAUGAUGAACGAAGGAUUGAAGCCCGGAUUGUAGAUUUGAGACAUGAAGCCCAGAAUGUUGAACGAAGGCAUGAAGCCCGGAUUGUAGAUUUGAGACAUGAAGCCCAGAAUGUUGAACGAAGGCAUGAAGCCCGGAUUGUAGAUUUGAGACAUAAAGCCCAGAAUGAUGAACGAAGGCAUGAAGCCCGGAUUGUAGAUUUGAGACAUGAAGCCCAGAAAGUUGAACGAAGGCAUGAAGCCCGGAUUGUAGAUUUGAGACAUGAAGCCCAGAAUGAUGAACGAAGGUAUGAAGCCCGAAUGUAG